GUCGGAUAUCGUGAGACUAUUUAAGUUAUCCGGCCCUGUCACCCGAAGCAAACGAGGAGUAAUAGUAAUAAUAAAAGAAGAAUUUCUGAAUUUGUGAAAUUUUAUCCACUCACAGAAAUCAUCACCCACAAAUAGAGGGGAGCUAGAACCACGAUGAGCUGCUGCUCACCACAGUUACGAUUGUCCCUCACCGCCACUUGCUACUCGCCGUCUCCAUCUCCCGCACUAAAGAGUGCGAAACACGGCAACUUUGGUAGCCGGAAGUCCAAACUGCGGCAGCCUAAUACGCUGUUCAUCAAAGCUGCUGCCGGCGUUGGACAAGAAGAAAAAGAAGAAGAAGAAGAGUUCAGAGUGCUGACGGCUGUCGAGAGCAGAUACAACCGCAUCGUGAUCCUUGAUACCCCCAAGUCAAGGCUUCUGCUCCUCGACUCCACCAAUAAUGUUCACAGCGUUUUUAACAAAGAAGGAAGUAAAUUGACGGGCUCCUAUUGGGAUGAGUUUGUAGCAUUACCGCCUGUUGUUCCAGAGGGCCCCAUCGCAAUUUUUGGCUUGGGUGGAGGAACAGCUGCGCAUUUGAUGCUUGAUUUAUGGCCUUCACUGCAGCUGGACGGUUGGGAGAUAGAUGAAAUCUUAAUAGAUCAAUCUAGAGACUAUCUUGGGCUUCGUGAUCUCGAGAAGCACACUACGGAUGGUGGGUUUCUCAAUAUUCAUAUUGGUGAUGUAUUUUCUCCUGAUGCUGCUAUUACUGGAGGAUAUGCUGGAAUCAUAGUUGAUUUGUUCUCAGGGGGGAAGGUUCUGCCGCAGUUAGAACAGGCUGCUACCUGGUGGAAGCUACAUGAUAAAUUGAUGCCUAACGGCCGGUUCAUGGUGAACUGUGGUGCGGGUCAAAACAGGUUGUCUGCUACACAUGAAGUAUGUCAUAAAGCUCUACCAAUGACUGGGGCUUGGAGACUAAAUCCUACCAUUAGGGCCCUAUGUCAAGCAUUUCCUGGACAAGUAAAUUGGAAAAAGUUGCCACCAAGUGCAGGCGAAAACUAUCUUGCUUUGACUGGAUCUUUGCCAGACAUGACAACAUGGUCUGCUGCUCUACCUAAUGAGCUGAAAACAAAGGUCAAUCAGUGGCGAUUUUGUUACACUCACGACAGUUGAUUGGAAAACUGCGAACACUAGCUAAUGGGUUUGAGCAUCUCUCCUCCCAUCAGUAAAUUUCAUACUUUCCUUUUCUGAGGGAAUAGAUAGAUAAAUCUUGCUGAUAUAUAUUCAUUUGCUUAUUGUUCUUCCCAAAUUAUUGUGAUGCUGGACAUGUCAUUGGCGUUCACCAAUUACUGAUUUGAUGCAGCCAUCUGAGUAAAUCUUUACAUCUUGAGUUUGUCAUGCAUCUGGCUAUUACCACCUUCAAAGAAUUGUAG